AUGGUUCAAGUUUGGCAUAAUCAUGAUGAAAAAAAAAGAACUCUUAGGACUCUUGAAUUUAUUAGUGUGAUAGACAAGAGUUAUAGUAACGAUGUUGAAAGAAUUCAAUUAAUUGAAAGGGG